GUUCGUCCAAUAUAUAAGUGAACCGGCGCGCCGAUGGAACGUGUACACGUACCACAGUCGGCCGGCGUUUCGUAUGUUUUGUGUGUUUCCUUCGUUUAUUUUAAACGUGCGCGGGCCGCGCGCGACGGAUAAACCUCCUGUUUCGCACGUGCGCCCCGGCGCGCGAGGACACGCGCGCGAAACACGGAACGCGACGCGCGCCCCUUUCCAGCCCGCGCCGGCCACGCGACCAAGCCCGGUCGAGAAUCCGCCAUUUUCAGUUCCGCCUUUUUUUUUUACUUCGUGCUUAAAAUCACCGUGCUGAAUUCGCCAUCGCCAGAAAUCGCAGGAAGCUAUAUAAUAAAAGUAGCGGCAUGCGAGACAAUUUUAUUAAUGUAGAGAUUGGAGACAAAGGUGCGGGAAUUUUGUCUGUCAAUUGUUAAUUUGUGGAGCGAAUUACAGUUGUUAAAGAUAAUUAUAUAAUUAUAUCGCCAAUGGCAUGAGUCACGUAAGUCACGUGUCGCGUUGACCUUCCCCGAACGUGCCUGACUGUGUGACAGGUUUCUUCCCGUGGAAAUUAAACUUAAAGAGAAAGACGCGCGAAAACCGAGUGUGCGCGAAAAUUGUUGGUAUCUAGUUGUCGAGAAAGAAGAAAUUCAAGAAGGAUGGAGUCAAUGCGGUCCGGAUGGAGAUCAUUUGCGAGUCUUCUCUUGAUCCUGCUAGCGACGGCGGGAGUCGGCGGAACGAGACCCGAAACAGUCCUUGUGGAUGUGCUCACGAGACCCUUCGUGCCACGAGAAUUUGCCUCCUCCGAGUGCAUCCGCGACGGUGAGAUUUACCUAAAGGCGCUCGAGAGAUACACUCCCUGGGCGCUCCAAAUGUUCGACGCCUCGGUCAAAAUACCAUCAGGUUUGAUCACCGGCAAUUACAGACAGCUGGGUAAUUUUGAUGAAUGCUUGCGAGUAAAGAACGAGCACGGAUUCAUCGGGAAGGCUUGCAACGUGGCGGUGCAAUUCGAGAUCACCGCGAACGACGGUAUGCCACGCGAAUUGGACCUGGGAGACCUACUCGUAAACGUCGCGAUCGCCUCGAACGCGACGAAGUGGACUUCCGGCAACACGACCGAAUACGAGUGGAUGUUUUGCGUUCCGUCCACCUGCAAUCAUAUGGAAAUACAGGAGACUCUCGAGCUCGCGCUCGACCCAUUGAAAGUCGAGGGGCGUGUAGACAUGACUAUCACCGUUUCUGAGGAAACGUGUCACACUUUGGAGACUGUUCGAACAACCUGGGACCCUGCCGAUUGGUGUUAUAUAGCGAUUCUUGCGCUGUUUGCAUUGACCAUUAUAGUUAGCACGGGGUACGAUUUCGCGAUACAACGGCGACCUGUCAUAACGGAAUCGAAAG